GUUGGAAAAGUGAAUUUCUAUUAUCUGCGUUUCUUUUUUAAGCUCUGCAAAUGUUUCUUUUAUAACAAUCCAUCGAGUCCUGAGCUCUGAGUUCCAUGUAGACUGUAGUUUCUUUUUAGUAUUUACAACUUUUAUUAUCUCUUUGGAGUUUAUAUACUUUAUGCAACACUUGUUUUUAUUUCACUUUUGGUCUUGUAUGGAAAUUUGAGAUUAGCGUUGUCGAGAAGAGAGCAAAGACAAUGGAGUUUAAGCUGUCGUUGAGUGUUGGUAGAUUAAUCAAUUAGUUGUCUCGCAAGUCCAUUUUGUUUUACUGAAAAUUGUUUCAGAGCAUUUUUGCGUAUUUAUUAGCAAUUGAAAGUCUAAUCUUGUAGUCUGUCGUUGAGAAUCAAUCUUUGGGCUGUUAUUUCCAAGAUAUUCUGCAAGAACAAGAAACCAGUCAGACUCUCAGUUGAGUCUUUUAGUCAGUACACAGAAUUAUAUUCCGUAUAGUAGUUUUCUUUGCCUUCUAUAUGACUCUUUUCACGAUGGAGAAAUUGGUCUGUAACUCUGCAACAGGCAUUUAUCAGGAUAGCAUAGGAAAGUCUUGAGUCCAUUAUUGCAUAUUUUUAAUGGUUGUAUGGUUGUUUGUAUUGUUGUGCUUUUAGAUCAAUUCUCUGUUGAUUCGAGUGAAAUAUGUUUAAAAGGAUAUGUAAGUCGCAUCCAUUGCAAAUCGUAUUUGGUCCUUAUAUAGUUGAAGAGGAGGUAUUUGCCUUGUCAAGAGUGCUGCUGAUCUGCUUUUCUUUUCAACACACUGAAUGUCAUUCUGUUGAAAAUAGUGGUAGUUGUAGCUGUCAAAAAGGUGAAAAGGAGACACAACAUUUUGUGCAAACAGGUUGCGUUUGGAUAGUAUACAAAGUAGCUCUGAAAGACAUUCAUGAAGGAUUGGUUGAACUUCAACAAUAUUACACGAGUGCAAACAUUGAUGUCAUCGUGUCCGACUAGAGUUUUGGUUUGACUCUGAAAAUAAAGUCCAACUUUUGGUA